AUGCCUCUGACAAUACCUCGUGAAUUUAAACCAUUCUUACGCGAUGGUGACAAUGCUAUUACAGCUACAGACGCACGCUCUCUCGCCUAUGACGGUCAACUCGUUUUCACUUCGCCUAACAUGACUUUCGUUCCCCAACUAUACGACAAUCCCUCCAAUAUCGUGCAAGCAAGGGCGGAUGGGAAGUUUUGGGCGAUGGAUCCUUUCCAAUGGCCUCAAAUGUACGCAGACGCUUACACCUGGAGUUUUACCAUUCCGCGAUGCGAAUUCCAUGAGCCUGGCACUGACCUGUGGUAUGCUUGGUGGUCGCCAGCUUUUUCUGACGAUUUUGAGCCAUUAUCUCCUGGUCAUGUCUUUGGCAAGCUGAAGUCCACCCACCGUGAUCAUCUAUUUCGACUCUACGAACAGGCUAACAAGCGUGUCGGUUCCUACAAGCUAUUCCGAGAAAACAAGCAAGACGCGGUUGUUGGAUGGGUCACUGGGUUGCGCUCUGUUUUUGAGCGCUUUAAAGAGACGCGGGCAUGGCGAGAUAUUGUGAUGAUCUUGGCCGAGUUUCAGAGGCGAUUCUUGGAGAUAUGGAGCAUGAUGGAUUACCUUGAGAUAUUUGAGCCGCGGUUGAAAUUUGAGGACAGAGCGCACGGGGUCAACAAGACUUGGAUGGGGUGCUUCACCAAAGACUCCGCUAUCGCGUUGAGGCUCCACAAGGCUGGUGUACCUAUGUGGUUGAUACAAGAUGUCAGGCUCGUCGAUGAUAAUAUUAACAUCCGCCAAGUCGUUCCCUUCACUCCUGCCGACCUUGUGUUUGGGAUGUACCUCCAUCCCAUUAAGAACUUCGCUCAACCUUUCGAUAUCCGGCACAAGGGUCCAAGUGAUCAUCAACGCCAGGCUGCGGUUCGUCAGCCAUACCUUACUUUUGAAGAGAUCCCCAUAGAUCACACCGAAGUCAAUCGCUUUGCAGCUUCCAGAGAGCCGUCAUCGGGUAAAGCACCCACCAGGACCAUGAAAAAUAAGUCCGCAGUAUAUGAACCGACCGCUCUGCGCCAGAACCAGUCUCAAGUUGGACGUGACAAAUGGUGCGACGUGACUCACCCAUUCAUGCCCAACAUCAACACCUUCUUCGCAUCGGCUAUGAGUCACGCGGAGAAAGAUUUGAGUCGUGUCAAGCCAACCCGCGCAAGAAUGGAUGAGGGAUACAGGCUCCCUGAUCCUGGAUUAUUUGUCAACGUCCUUUCCUCACAGUCUCUCAAAAAAUAUCUCGCUAACUGGUUGGCAUGCCGUGAGUUGUGGCUGAAGCAUGUUUAUAUGUCGCCUCCAUCUCCGCUCCCUCGGUCCCAAAGCUGGCGUGAUCUAUUGAUCAUGCAGCCAACACCACAGCCCUCGUCGUCAAGUGGUCAGAUGCCGUCAGGCAAGACUGGCAAGUCCAAAGCCAAACUCGACGUAUUCUUUGGAGAUGAACUAUCGCUUCUACGCCAGUUUUGGACUGGAUCCCAGAUGUUGCAAUGGAGGGGUCAGAAAAUCGAAGCAGCAAUGCUUGAGAAUCCACCGCAUUAUCUCGUUCAACAGAUCAUAUAUGAGAUUUGCGAGCAAAGCUUCCGAUACGACCUUCUGGAACUUGAUGAACAUCUUGCCGGUCAUAUGCGGCUGGAUCGGGAGGCGAAGAAGCGUCGCAUGGAGUUGCUCCGUGGAAUUUUUCCUCAGCAUGCCCUCACCAUGUGGGACAAGGAUUUUUCGACUCGGAAUGAUGGACUUAAUGCUGAGUCUUUCCACGAUGCUCUUCCAUAUUUCGAGAAUUUUCGUCAAGUGUUGAUCGCAUGGGAUGGUGCUCCUCAAGAUCUUAAACAGCCUUUCACCGAGUCGAUGCCCGAGGGAGAGAAGUGGCAACGCAUGAAGCAAUGUGCCCUGUUUUAUGUACAAUCAUUUUACGACAACACAGGUCGCCCCCCCGUGGUCCCUCAUAUACUUUACGCGGCUCCAUAG